CGUGAAUAUUCGACGUGAGCAUGCAGGCCAUCGGCAACACUCUCCGCGCAUUCGGGCAGAAGCUGGACAAGGUCGGCGUCUCCAUUGAAGGCGCCCUUUCGUACACCGAACGAUUGGUCCCGUCGACUCGGUUGGUCAACCAUGGCGGCCACAAGCCUGCGCUCGCAUCCACGACCUUCGUCGCCCCGAACGCGUCUGUGAUCGGAGAAGUUUCGAUUGGACAAGGAAGCUCCGUUUGGUACGGCGCGACUGUCCGUGGAGACGUCAACGCGAUCACCAUCGGAGACAACACCAACAUCCAAGACCAAGCGGUUGUCCAUGCUGCCAAGAUUGCAAACGACUUUCCCACCAUCAUCGGUAACAACGUGACGAUUGGGCCCAAAGCGAUCAUUCAUGCCGCCAAGAUCAGCAACCAGUGCAUCAUCGGCACUGGUGCUCAAGUCUUGGAUGGUGCUGUUGUCGGUGAGAACUCGAUUAUCACUGCCGGGUCCAUCGUUACCCAAGGCAAGAGUGUUCCUGCCGGUCAAUUGUGGUCUGGAAUUCCCGCGCGCGCUGUGCGUGACUUGACCACGGAAGAGAUCGAAUUCAUCAAGCAAUGCUCGUUGGACUACGUCGAGCUGUCGGAAGCGCACUCCGUCGAGGCGAGCAAGUCCUUCGAAGAAAUCGAAGCGGAUAAGGAGAAGCGCAAGAUCCUCGACACCGUCGGCGAACUGGGCUUGGAGCAACCGACGGAAAAGCGCAUGGACACGGGUCUUUUCUUUAAAUAUUAA